AAUGGCUAAUCUACACUUGAGUCACAUGCGGAGUUGUCUCUUAAGAACCUGUUUUAGGAAGAGAAAAGACCCAGUAUUUCAGGAGGGAUCAUGGAAGUGCCUGAAGGCCUGGGAGUUAACCAGGGUGUUCAUGCUGAGAAUUCGACCCCUGAUCCGGAGCACCAGGCGGGCAUGGUGAGAGUGAAAGUGGAGGAGAGCUGGUUCACUGUGGAGCAGGCCUUGCUAGUAAGAAACAGUAGCUACUUUGGUGCUCUCUUCCGCUCUGGGAUGACUGAAAGCCACCAGGAUGAGCUCCACCUUAAGGGGGGAGUUUGUGCAAGGGGUUUCCUCAUCGCCCUUGCUGUCUGCAGGGGAGAGAUUCCCACUCUAGCGGACCCGGAUGAGCUUGUAGAGGCCGUAGAGUGCGCUGCUUUCUUGCAGGUGGAGCGUUUGGUGCUGCAUCUUUGCGACAUAAUUGACUCUGAUAACUGCCUAUUGCUCUACCAUGCGGCCUAUAUCUUUGGGGUGCAUGCACUCUUUCACAAGGCUGCCCUUUUCCUUUGUGAUGCUUUCGAAGAUUUGAAGGAAGCAGCAGAGAGUACAAUCCCCGAAGAACUUCUUCAGCAUUCUCAAUCAUUAUCCCCUUCCUCUUUUAUCGCGAUAGGCACACAUUCUCCAUCAAUGGAAUCGUUGCACGACUCCUUCAGAGUUGUUUGCUACCUUGAUGAAAAAGCAGGAGAAUGGAAGCAUCUGACCAACCUCCCAACUCUGUGCAGCACCUCCAUGGCUGGCGUGGCGGUUCUUGACAAUAGAUUGUAUAUUGUUGGGGGAGUUUAUGGUUAUGGUAAGGACACAGUGGAUGGAAGCUUCUGCUACGACCCCGAUUCAGGAGUAUGGACAGCUCUCCCGGGACCUCAGCAACCAAGAUAUGACUUCACCUUGCUGGGGCACGAAGGGCAACUCUAUGCCAUUGGCGGGGAAUUAAAAAAACGGACAAUUUCCACAGCUGAGAGUUACAAUGUUGAGACGGGAGAGUGGGCUUUCAUUCAACAUGCACCAAGACCGGUAGCUUCUGCAGCUUGUGCUGUUGCAAGACGGCGGAUGUUUGUCUGCUUCUGGAAACCACCAGACACCACAGAUAUCUAUGAAUACAUACCAGUGAGAAACGAGUGGAAACUCGAAACCACGAUGGUCAAACCUCAAAGUUAUGGCCACUGUAUGGCUUCUCACAAGGACAAUUUGUAUGUGAUGCGCAAUGGGCCUUCUGAUGACUUCCUGCGCUGCUUAAUGGAAUGCUACAACAUUACGACUGGUCAGUGGACAGCCAUGCAAGGAAACUAUAUCAACAGCAAGGGGGCGCUGUUCACAGCAAUGAUAAGGGGUGACUCUGUGUUCACAGUUAAGCACAUGUUAACUCUGGUGUACACCAUCACUGGAGAUGAAUGGAAGCCUCGCAGGCAGAUGAAGGGAUUUCCAAAGAGUGGUUCACUUUGGACGUGUUUACUCAGGCUUCCCAAGUCGGGACCAGUUACACCACAGCUGGAAGCAGAAGGGAAAGAAGUAGUAAUGCCUUUGCCAGACACAUCCGAGGGAUUUGUGGAAGCUUUACUGCAACUGUGAAACUGCUGCUUGAAUGGAGAACAAUGCCAUGUUUUUUUUUUCAGGUUUCAAAAAUAGAUCUACAGAUUAAAUGAUACUAAAUGA